UGUGUUCAAACUCUUGGUGAGGAAUAUGUGAAGAUAUUCCAAAUCCGGUCGACAGUACGAGCUGUCCCUUCGCUAGGAGCUAGACUUCUGUUUGUUCUUGUUCACGCAGUUGCCCCUAUUAUGUCGCAGUUUGCUCUGCAGAGAGCAGAGCGUCUUCUCGCACAUCCAUCUACUUCAUCGUUUAUGGGCAUCACAAUCAGGAACAAUCAGAAGGCUAGAAGCAGCUUCAAGUUAUUAGUGGAAUGGAUGAGGUCUGUUGGUGUUCCUCAGCUUUACCGCAUACAUCUGGCGUUCUUCUAUAUCUUUGGCGUUUACUACAACAUUUCCCAUCGGAUAUCGGGUAUAAGAUACUUGUCUUUCAGCCCACAAACGGAUCUAAAGGCACUAAAAGUCUACAAGUUUUUGGGUUAUUUAACCUUGGCGCAGACUGCUCUUAGUCUCAUUCUCUGGAUGGUUUCCUCUCUGGAGGAAGAAAGAAACCGAGCCAGGAAUACUCCAGCAGCAAUGGCCAAUCGUGCAAGGAAAGACCUGCCCGAGCAGGACGAC